UGUUCCUGUGGCUGUCGGAACACAGCAGAGAGGAGAGAGGCAGACGGGAGGGACAUCUUUUCUCUUCACUCAGGAUAAGUCUGUAAGGAUGGAAAUGGAUAUCAACGGAGGGUCAAGAGCACACGUCUCCAUUGUUCCUGCAGCUGAAAUCAAAGCCACAUUAAAACCUGACAGAGAGAGACCUCGAUGUUCCAGCACCCCCUGUUCCCCCAUCAGAGGCACUGUCGCAGGGUACCAGAUCCUCCACAUGGAUUCCAAUUAUCUGGUGGGCUUCACCACUGGGGAGGAACUGCUAAAGCUGGCCAACAGGUGGUCAGAAGGCCCUCCAGAGAAGGGUUCUGUCUCAGAAAUGGUGUCCAACUCCAUCCAGAGCAGUGUCCCAAAGGCUGGAGAAUCUGUUCUCCACAAGUCUCCACGAAUCUGCAAAGGAAAAAGUCGUUACUACCAACCCUACGAGAUUCCUACUGCCAAUGGGCGGAGGCGGAGGCGUAUGCCCAGCUCCAGUGACCCAAUCCUCAGGUCCUUGGCCCAGGGGGAAGCUGGGAGGGGUCUACAUGCUUCACUACCACUCUGUCUGCUUAAAGGGAAGAGGGCCCAGUCCAAGUCUCUAGACUACCUAAAUCUGGACAAAACAAGAAUAAGAGAGUCGUCGGACACGGAGGUGUUGCAGUACCAACUGCAGCACCUCACCCUGCGAGGGGAGCGCGUGUUCACCAGGAACCUGACAUGAGAUCACUGGAAGGUCCUUACAGGUGUCUUCUAUCCUUUUGGGGAUUUAGGUGCUAUUUCAAGCUUGGUUUCUUUCUACUCAGAGAAUAAAAUGUUCUUCAAGAGGCAA